AUCUCGCCAGCUUCCCAACUCUUUCCGCUUUUUUUUUUGAUCCGUCAGCUCUCUUCCGUUAGGUUUCCGGCUGCUCCUCCGCCUUCCUUUAGGAUUUUUCCUACACAGGUACGGCCGCUGCCGGCAUUAGAUCAUAGAUCUAUCGCCACCGGUAUAUUCGAGGGUUUCCGUUCUUCGCAUCGCUGUAAAUUAUCUGAUUUUUUCCCCCAAACUACUUGUUUUCUUUGCAUCUACCGUCUUCUGAAGGGACGGCGUGGGGAUAUCCGGUCACUGUAACGGCGAGCUAAGCUUUCUCCUCCUCUUUUUCUUUACCCUUCUGCUACUUUUGAGGGGGUAGCCGGGGCUCCGGCCUCGGCGGCUUUAAAAGCCCCCUUCUCUACAUCGAGAUCUGAUAGAGCCCUACUUUUUUCCUUAAUUCUUUAAUUAAUUUUUUGGGAAGAGAUGCCGGCCCUGGCCUGCCUAGAAACGGCAGUUCCUCCUGGCUAUGGUUUCGCCUGGGAUGGCUCUCUUCCCCUUCAGGGAGCAUUUCCCUGUGGCACUCCGGUUACACCAACCAUCCCAAACGCCCACGAUGUCCAUUCAUCUUGGUCCACUGACCUCUCUGCCGCCCUCUACAAGAUUGACGGCUGGGGCGCACCCUACUUCACCGUCAAUGAUGCCGGCAACAUGUCUGUGCGUUCCUUCGGCUCUGCAACCCUCCCAUAUCAGGAAAUCGAUCUGAUGAAGGUUGUCAAAAAAGCAUCCGAUCCGAAAUCAUUGGGCGGUCUCGGCCUCCAACUACCAAUCAUCAUCCGAUUCCCUGACGUCCUCAAGAACCGCCUUGAAUCCCUCCACUCUGCCUUCCACUUCGCUAUCCAGUCCAAUGGCUUCGACUCUCACUACCAGGGAGUCUACCCGGUAAAAUGCAAUCAGGAUCGCUACAUCGUGGAGGAUAUCGUAGAAUUUGGCUCUCCUUUCCGUUUCGGCCUUGAAGCCGGAUCAAAGCCUGAACUCCUCCUUGCCAUGAGCAGCCUCACCAGAGGCAACCCUGACGCGCUCCUCAUUUGCAAUGGCUACAAGGACGUUGAGUACGUCUCCCUCGCUCUCAUGGGGAGAGCCCUUGAUCUGAACACUGUGAUUGUUCUUGAGCAGGAAGAGGAGCUUGAUACCGUCGUGGAGACAAGCCUUAAGCUUGGUAUUCGGCCUGUUAUUGGCCUUCGGGCAAAGCUCCGAACCAAACAUUCUGGCCACUUCGGUUCCACCUCCGGCGAAAAGGGGAAGUUCGGACUGACGACUGCUCAGAUUCUUUCCGUGGCAAAUAAGCUCCAAAAGUUGGACAUGCUGGACUGCCUCCAGCUUCUGCAUUUCCACAUCGGCUCCCAGAUCCCGUCCACCGUCCUCCUUGCUGACGGCGUCACCGAGGCAGCUCAGAUCUACUGUGAGCUUGCCAGGCUUGGCGCAGGUAUGCGCGUGAUUGACAUAGGGGGUGGCCUCGGCAUCGACUAUGAUGGAUCCCAUUCUAGUUGCUCUGAUAUGUCCGUCGGCUAUGGCCUGGAUGAGUACGCUUCUACUGUUGUUCGGGCUAUCCAGUUCGCCUGCGACAGAAAGCACGUGCGUCAUCCAAUCAUCUGCAGCGAGAGUGGGCGUGCCCUAGUCUCCCACCACUCCGUCCUGAUCUUCGAAGCCGUCUCUUCCACCUCCUUUGAUCCGGGAGCUCUCGGACAGAACAUCGCCUACGUCUUAGAUGCUCUGGAAGACGACGCCCUUGCCGAUUACCGUAAUCUGACGGCCGCAGCGAUGAGAUCGGAGUACGAGACAUGCAUCCUCUACGCCGAUCAGCUUAAGCGACGAUGCGUUGAACAAUUCAAGGACGGGUUGCUCGGACUUGAACACCUUGCCGCCGUGGACGCACUCUGCGAUCUGGUGGCAAGGGAGAUAACUACAUCAGAUGCAGUGCGCACCUACCAUGUUAACCUCUCAAUCUUUACAUCAAUUCCAGAUUUCUGGGCAAUUGGUCAGCUCUUUCCCAUCGUCCCCAUCCACCGCCUUGACCAGCGACCAUCGGUGAAUGGCAUCCUCUCCGAUCUCACAUGCGACAGUGACGGUAAGCUGGACAGUUUCAUCGGCGGGAGGAAGUCUCUUCCCCUGCACGAAUUCUCAAAUGGUGGAGGAUAUUAUUUGGGGAUGUUUCUCGGCGGAGCAUACCAGGAGGCGCUCGGAGGACUGCACAAUCUGUUCGGCGGGCCAAGCGUUGUGCGCGUGGAGAAGAGCGACGGUCCCCACUCCUUCGCGGUGACGCGUGCGUUGCCUGGCCCGUCCUGCGCGGAUGUCCUGCGAGCGAUGCAGCACGAACCUGAACUGAUGUUCGAGUCCCUUAAGCGCCGCGCAGAGGAAUACGCUCAUAGUGACGGGGAAGCCAUCACUUGCGGCCUGGCCCGCGCCUUCAACUCCAUGCCGUACCUCGUUCAUGAUUCCGGCGACGACGUCAUGGCCGCAGAGACCGACGGAAUCGCCUCCGCCGGCGGCUCCGAUGAUGAUGACGUGGAGUGGGAGUUUAUGAGGUGCUUAAGCUUUUGAUUGUUGCAUCUCAUAUCUGUCGUGUCGUCGGAGUGUUUCGACCUUUAGUUUUUUUGCUUUUGCAAUGUUGCUUAAAACUCUAAUGGUUGGUUAGGUUUCAUCUUUUUAGUUGAUGACGAUGUAUGUAGAGGCAGCCGGACCUCCAAAAGGCUUGGCGCAUUUGUAAUAUGUCAAAUGAAUCAGCCUUGUAUGUCUACGCUUCUUACUUGAUUUUGUUUUGAUUUGA